AUGGCGUCCAUUGACGACCUUCCUGUGGAGUUACUCUCCCGUGUUUUUCGAUUUCUCUACAUCGAGAACCGAACUGAUGCGUUCCAGCUCUCCUACUAUGACGAACCCGAGGAGUCCGGCGACGAGGACGAUAUUGGGCAAACGCGAUGGGCGGCUCUCUUCCCCCACUGUGCCGUGGCAAGGACAUGUCGACUUUGGCGUCGUAUCCUCGCUGUCACUCCGAACUAUUGGGACCGGGUGAUUUUUGACCUUUGUGACGAUCCAACGCCAUGGUUAGACUCGUUCGGUUGGUCGAAGGAACUCCCGCUUCAGGUGGCCGUGUUCAAUUCCUCUCCAGACGCGAGGUGCCCCAACAUCAAUCCCGAAUUGCAAAAGGAGUUCGCAGAAUUGGAACUCUCACGAAUGCAUACGUUAAUGGUAUCCCUGACGCCUCAUAUCGAGCGAUGCACAUUGAUCUACUUUUUCCGACCUCUCUCCCUCCUCCAGCUUUCUUUCUCCAACACCGCCCGCCUGAUCUUCACGAAUUCAUCCGUCAUGGGACCUGCCAUCCAACUUGCUACCCCUUCGACGACUGUUCGAGGAAAAUGUGUAAAUUUCAUCUCCGCGGCUUUACUCCACGACUCGGACCGCCUCCUUUGCCGAUUUGCGCCGGAUGCAAUGAUAUUCAAGUCCUGCGACAUCCCGCCCUUCGAUGAUGCGUUCUUCUCCUCGAAGGUCAUUCUGGAAAACAUCCCGGCAUCGACAGACCUUCGUGGUAUCCUUCACACGUGGUUUGGAACGGACCUCAUUGUCAGAUCCUCGCCAUGCUUCAAUGACGCACUGCUGGUCUGGUUAUCGGAGGAUCGAAGCCGCGCUCGAUUCCUAACAAUCCUCGAUAUUGAAAAUUGCGAUUCAAUCACCAUUAAGGCCUUGCAGAAACUUAUCCGUCGCAAACGGAAAUCAGUGAACUCGUACUCGUCAGACAAUUCAGAGGAGGAGGAUGUGGCAGUGUACCCUCAUGGCAUUUACAUGCUAUCCGUAUGCGGGGACGAUUUUUCUCUGACAGAGAAGGAGUUGCGUUGGUUCGAGAGUCACGUCGAGGACGUAAUGUUUGCAAAAUCCGAUGGCACACCGUUUGAGCCAAGUUGUAGUUUCUUCCAACUUACCGUCAACCAGGACAGGUAG